CUGGAUUUCGAUGCGCGAUGCCGGCGUUUCUCCAUCUGCCGGCCGGCGCUUCGCUUGCAAGGGUUAACCGGGUGCCAGCCUUCCGCGGAGGUGGCUCAUCCCCGCCCUCCUUCUCCCCGCAGCUUCCCUGCCCGCCCUCCUGCCCUGCCCGCCGGGUUGCUCCUGGCUGGCUGGCUGGCUGGCUUUUGCUUCCCCAGCGGGUUUUUUUGCAGCAACGCCGGGCUCGAUGGCUUUGACCCGCGCCGAGCGCUGCCUGGUGCAGGUGCUGCGCUGCUUCUCGCGCGCCUUCCUGGCGCUGCUCAGCCUGGCGCUGCGCGUCUCCGCCCUGCUGCCCUGGAAAGCCCCGGGAGCCCGAGGAUCUCGCCCUGCGCGGCGCACCGUCCCGCCGCCCGGCCAGCCGCUGCUGCUCCUUUCCGCCGGGGAGCUGGCCAGGCGCAUCCGCCGUAGGGAGUUGAAGUGCAUUGAUCUUCUUGAAGCCUACAUUGAGAGGAUCAAGCAGGUGAACCCACUCAUCAAUGCGAUUGUUAAAGACAGGUUUGAGGCUGCCCUGCAGGAGGCAAAGGUUGUUGAUCAGCUGCUGUCUGACGGACAAGAAGAUGAAGAAUCACUCCAGAAAAAAUUCCCCUUGCUGGGCGUUCCUGUCACUGUCAAAGAAGCCUUUGCGUUAUAUGGGAUGCCCAAUUCCUCUGGGCUGGUUAACCGACGCAACCUGAUCUCCACCACGGACGCUAUUGUGGUAUCCCGGUUGAAGCAAGCAGGGGCGAUUCCCCUGGGGGUGACCAACUGCAGCGAGCUGUGCAUGUGGUUCGAAUCAAGCAACCGUGUCUACGGCCGAUCUAACAACCCCUAUAACCUCGACUGCAUUGUAGGAGGCAGCUCAGGAGGUGAAGGUUCCAUCUUAGCAGCUGCUGGUUCUGUGAUGGGCAUCGGCUCAGACAUCGGGGGCAGCAUCCGUAUGCCCGCCUUCUUCAAUGGGAUCUUUGGACACAAGCCCACCACAGGUGUGGUGCCCAAUGACGGCCAGUUUCCUGAUGCGGUUGGCAAUCGUACAAACUUCCUGUGCACCGGACCUAUGUGUCGCUAUGCGGAAGACAUGGAACUCCUGUUGAGAGUCAUGGCUGGAUCAAACAUUUCCAAACUGAAGCUGGAUGAUCCGGUAUCUUUGCAGAACAUAAAGUUUUAUUCCAUGGAACACGAUGGAGGCUCCAUUUUCCUUUUACCGGUCGAUAAAGAGAUUCUCCAAGCUCAUCGGAAAAUUGUGGCACACUUAGAGACGGACCUGGGGGUGAAGGUGGAGAAUGUGUCCAUCCGCAAAAUGAAAUAUUCCUUCCAGAUCUGGUCGGUUAUGAUGUCUUCCAAGAGCAGUAAUAAACAGGAAAAUCAAACCUUCAUUGAUUUGCUUGGAGACCACGGAAAACCAGUAUGGCCAUCAUGGGAACUGGUAAAAUGGAUGAUGAGACUUUCUUCUCACACACUUCCAGCCAUUGCACUAGGAAUAACGGAGAACUUCACGAAAUACAAUUCCAAGGCGAAAGCCAAGGUAGCAAGCAUGGCACAGAGCCUUCAAGCAGAGAUGGUGGAAUUACUAGGAGAGAACGGUAUCUUCUUAUACCCUUCACACCCUGUGCUAGCUCCCAAGCAUCACGCGCCUCUGGGCAUGCCCUUCAAUUUUGCCUACACAGCCAUCUUCAACAUUCUGGGCUUACCGGUGACGCAGUGUCCUCUUGGCUUGAGCAAGGACGGACUCCCUUUGGGCAUCCAAGUGGUGGCAGGACCCCAUAAGGACCACUUGACCUUGGCCGUGGCACAAUAUUUGGAGAAGGCCUUCGGUGGCUGGGUUCCCCCUGGCCAAUCCUAACACAAGUUUCCCCCUCCCCCACCCUCUACCCCGGGACCUGGAGACCAAAGAAGAAGAACGCUAUCUAUCCCCCGUCUGUGAAAUCUAGAGCUAGGUGUCUGGGCUUGAGGUCUCUGAAGGGCCGUGUCACUUUUCCUCGACAACCCGAGGGAAUAGACAUGGGGCCAUGAUUGUGUCCGCCAGGUUGGGUCGUUUACCCGCAAAGCCGAAGUGGCGGAGGAGUCAACUGGCUCUUCUCUUUGACUUCCUUGCUAGAUUUGUGGGAGGAGGAGGAGGAGGAGGAGGAGGAGGAGGAGAAUGUCUCAGAGCAAAGGAAGGCUGGGAGCAAAUGAUGGAUGUUGUAAGGCGAACCCUUUUUGCCCUUGGUUGGUAGAGUAGGACUUGGGUGUCCCCUGCUGCUGUUUCCUUUUUGUGGGGGGCUGCUUAGAAAAUAAUUUUAGACCAAGAGAGAUCUUGCAUUCCUCCGAUAGAAAGAACAAGAGAAACCAUGGUUCCCUUCUCGAUUUGCACCGAGAAAAAGCCCUGGGACCUUGGCUUUGCUUUACCUCUUCAUGGACUUCUACUCAACAUGGAGGUCAAUGUUGAUGACGUCAAUGGGAGAAGAACCUUUCAAGCCCAAUGAAAGACGUGUUGAUGGGCUCAAGAAAACCUCUGGUAUAGUCUGAUGUUUUCUCAGCGUUUCUGCCUUAGGCACCUCCUCCUCCUCCUUCUUCUGUAGCAAUCAGACGAACGUCCAUAGAACCAGGAGUCCAAGUCAUGCUUUAUGUCGGCAAAAGGACUUUAUCCUGUUUGAUGGUUGAUCCUUAACUGUGUUGCACGCACCACUUUUUGGAUUGGGGUGCCUGCGGUGGAAAACGGUGGUCCCGCCACUUGAUUUUUGUGGGGCCACUAGGGUGAAAUAUGUAUUGCUGUCCUGACAAAUCAAUAUAAUGUAAUGAAUGUAUUACCUGACCCUGGA